GAAGAGGAUCGAGACGAUGAGCCGGGCUCGACCCAGUCAGGCAUGCGGAAGACGUGCGGAUGCCAGUCAUCGCUUGGGGCGCCAUUGUCGGCCAUUGUCUCGACGACAGAAGUGGUGCGAAUUGCAGUCUCGAAGGGGGCACCGAGCAUCUGUUGACAGAAUAUGGGCAAAGCCUCAAAGAAGAUAUCGUCGAUCGAUCUUGGUGCCGGAUCGCGAGGACUCUGGUCGUCCUCGAUUGAUUUGCGUGGGUGUUGGACCUUUACACUGGACUAUCCGGGGGGAAAUCACGAGGCGACGACAACAGCAACGGCCAAAUCGAUCCAGCUGGGUCGUGUUUUUGGCCUUGUUGCCUCUGAGAUCGUCACGCCCAAAUCUAUGCCCUCUUGUCACACUUAUCCAGAGAGGAGAGAUCCAGGGGUUCCGACGAGUAACCAGUCACACGACACAAGGCCACUGUGGUGACGGGAGGGAUUUUCGUCGAGGAUUCGCAGGUUGGUGGACGCGUGCGAAUACACUGUCCCCUUGUCGACAAGGAAAGGACGAGGUUGACAGGACUGAGAGCCUUGCGGAGAAGGGCAGGAUCGCGUGUGGACGUGGGGUGGAAAAGACUGCAAGCGGAUGAGCGAAGAAAAUGAGGAGGGAAAGGCAAAACUUGGUGCAGCUGACGAUACGAAAUGGCGGGCAAACAGGC